GCCACUGCGCAGGCGUGGAUGGAAAAGGAUCCACAAACAAACAAAACCCACCACCCUGAAGCCUCCGGCUCUUCCCCGCCCACCUUUACCUUGUGUGGGGUCUCCCCACUCCCUGUCGCCCGGCUUUCCCCGCCCCCGUCAACGUCCGGGCACGUCCCCCUCGUGGUGCGGGCCACGCAGGGCCCUGCACUUAACCUCUGGCCGCCUGGCUUGAAUUUAGAGGCUGGGACAGCGCGGGCGGCGCGAACACCCGGCGGCGGGCAGCAGAGGAGGGAGCCCGGGCCUGCGUCCUCGGCUGGGCCGACGAUGACUUGCUACCGAGGCUUCCUUUUAGGCAGCUGUCGUCGCGUGGCGGGCGGCCGGGCGGCGGCUCUGAGGGCCCCGGGCGCGGAAGGCCCCGCCGCGCGGCCGCGUCUCGGCAGUGACUGCGGCGGCCGGCGGCACCUGGGGCACGGUCAGCCGCGCGAGCUGGCGGGCUGUGGCAGCCGCCCCGACGGCGGCUUCCUCCCGUCCCGGGUGGUGGUGGUGGCGAAAACCACCCGGUACGAGUUCGAGCAGCAGCGGUACCGUUAUGCGGAGCUCUCGGAGGAGGACCUGAAGCAGCUGCUUGCAUUGAAAGGCUCUAGCUACAGUGGACUGCUUGAACGACAUCAUAUUCACACCAAAAAUGUAGAGCAUAUUCUAGAUAGUUUACGGAAUGAGGGAAUUGAGGUUCGUCUAGUAAAGAGGAGAGAAUAUAAUGAAGAAACUGUUCAAUGGGCUGAUGCUGUCAUAGCUGCUGGAGGUGAUGGCACAAUGCUACUGGCAGCAAGUAAAGUCUUGGACAGACUUAAACCAGUUAUUGGAGUAAACACUGAUCCAGAGCGGUCUGAGGGUCAUUUAUGUCUUCCUGUUCGAUAUACACAUUCCUUCCCAGAAGCCUUACAGAAGUUCUAUCGUGGUGAGUUCAGGUGGUUAUGGAGGCAGCGAAUCAGGUUAUACCUUGAAGGGACCGGCAUAAACCCUGUUCCUGUGGACCUUCACGAACAGCAACUAAGUUUGAAUCAACAUAGUAGAGCCUUCAACAUUGAAAGAGUUCAUGAUGAAAGGCCCGAGGUUUCAGCACCCCAGCUUUUGCCAGUAAGAGCACUAAACGAAGUCUUCAUUGGGGAAAGUCUAUCAUCCAGAAUGUCUUAUUCUUGGGCUGUAUCAGUGGACAAUUUAAGAAGAAGUAUACCCACUCUAAAGGGACUGGCUUCCUACUAUGAGAUUUCAGUUGAUGAUGGUCCAUGGGAAAAACAGAAGAGUUCAGGGCUCAAUUUGUGUACUGGAACAGGAUCAAAGGCCUGGUCAUUCAAUAUUAACAGGGUUGCAACUCAGGCUGUGGAAGAUGUUUUAAAUAUUGCUAAACGACAAGGAAAUUUAAGUCUUCCGUUGAACAGAGAAUUGGUAGAGAAAGUAACAAAUGAAUAUAAUGAAUCGCUGCUCUACAGUCCAGAAGAACCCAAAAUACUUUUCAGUAUUCGAGAACCAAUAGCAAACAGAGUUUUUUCAAGCAGUCGUCAGCGCUGUUUCACCUCAAAGGUUUGUGUUCGUUCUCGUUGUUGGGAUGCCUGUAUGGUUGUGGAUGGAGGAACUUCUUUUGAGUUUAAUGACGGAGCAAUUGCUUCAAUGAUGAUCAAUAAAGAAGAUGAGCUUCGAACUGUGCUUCUCGAACAGUGAAAGAUUUCCUCAGAUGACAAGUUUUGAUUACUGAGAAAAUACUCUACUGUAGAAACAGACUACCAGUUAUAAAGCUACAUUUUUUGGUUACUGUUGAGACUAGUUGGCCUUGGGCUCAAAGGUGACUAAGAAGGUGAGAUUUGCAUUAUUCUUCUGUUGGAUUCUGAUGGAAAAGAUGUUCACUAUAUAAGAAAAUGGAUGAACUAAACAGUUUAGAAUUGAUACCAGGGAAAUUUCUAUAUAACUUAAUGAUUGGUAUCCAAGAGUGCUGAUAUCUUUUUAAACUUAGAGAGGUAGGUUCAAAUAAAAGAUUAAAUGUUUAGGAUUUGAAAUUUAACUUUUUUCUUUCCCUUUCCUCCAAACUUUGUGGAAUUGGUCAGAACAAACACAUAUCAUUUGAUUAGUGUAUAUUUUUUAUAGCACCUAAAAAUCAAGAUUUUUAAAAAAUUUUGAUGCAGAGUUUUGAUAAAUCCUGACAUUGACCUAACUGAGGUAGGUAAAUAUGUUUUUAUAUGUGCUAAGAAUUUUCUAAUUUCAAAACACAGUGAUCUUGUUAUGACUCUUUAUUGGUUUAAAAAGUUCACAAUCAUUUUUGAAAUUAUAGUUUUCAUUUAAUUGACUUUCAGGUUAGUUUUGGCAGUGCUGGGUGAAAUACUUAUAACUGGAGAAAAUUAUGAUUCUGUUACAAAUGUACUAAUUAUCCAAUAGCUAUUUGAGGUCCUAGACAAUUUUUUAAAAAAUGAUUUGAGUCUAAUAGAUUUCUUCCAUAUUUAAAACUCUCUAACAUGGAUUCAAAGACUAAAAGGAUGAACUUAUUAGACAUAUUCUGUUAGGAGUUUGGUCAAACCCUUAAAAAAUAUUUUCGUCUAGUAUUCAGAGUAUUGUCAGAAAGAAAAUGGGUUCUUUAAUAAAUAUGCAAAACACAUUAGUUGUGGAAUUGCCCUACUUUUAAUAUCACGGUAGUUUUCACCUAGCUCAUAUUCCAAGUCUCACACAUUAGCUUUGGAGGAUAAAAUGUUAUGGCUUGCCUCGGCCCCCCGCUCCCCCCUCCAUGAGAGUUCCUUUAUUUGGGGAGGAAAUUAUUUUUAUCUAAUUCUUGAUCUACCUACACGUACUCUUAGAAUUUUUACAAAAAGCAUCUGUUGCUGCAUCAUGAGACGAUUGGUAUUCUCAUGCCAUUUAUUCAAAUUUGUAUGUGUUUUUACUUGCUGUUGAAAGUUUUUGUUUAAUCGUUGAAAUAUUUAUUGAAAACCCAUUCUGUGCAAUGCUGUCUCAAGUGCUGGAUAUACUCGUACACUGAUGAAUUAAACAGACUAUAUCUUGAUAAAACUUGAGUCUAGUGAACUCAGAAGUAAAAUCUGUAAAAGCUAGGAUGUAUAAUUACAUUGAGUGCUCUUAGUUUUCCCAACAUUUAACAGGUUCUUGUCAGAUUUUUUUGUAUAAAUAUUACUAUACAAAGGUAACCUAAGUUGUGAUGUAUAUCCAAAACAAGAAUCUGCUUUUCUUUUCUUAGUUAAUAGUAUCUGCAAUAGAUACUCAUUAGCAAAGAGGUCACAUGAUGCACAAAAACAAAAACAAAAACAAAAACAAAAAACCAGUUGGGUCUAGUUUCCAGUUUGAUUUAAAAAUGAUAUACUUUAUAAAGAAGUAUAGAAACUCCCUAGAUUUAAAAUGCCUUUUUGACAAAAAUGCCAACUCUGUCUUUAAGGUCAAGGAAAUUUGUCCGUAAUGGUAUCAUAGAUCUGUUAAUAUGUAACAUUAAUAGGUAACCUGUAUAAAAUUGUUCAUAAGCCAUAUUUUAAAGGUUUAAAAAAUACUUAAUGUGCUCCAUUUGCAGUAUAACUUCUAAUAUUUCUGCUAUGUGGUGAGUAUUAUUUGUAAGAGGUGAUGAGAGGCAAAGGAUGUUAGAAUAGCCAAAAUGUUUUUAUGAACUAACCUUUAAUGGCAACUGUAAGUGAAUAAAAUUAAACUAUUGUUA